CCCAUAUGAUGUGACAACGGUAAGUUCAUUGAUUGACCGAAGAAAAAGUAACGUUGCGAAACCCUCUCGAUUCGUACCGAAGUUUAUUCGAUUUCUUUGUCGGCGUUCGCUGUUAUCGUCCAGUUUUCUGAUCAAGAGGACCGAAAAUGAGCUUCCUUUUUGGAAGCCGCUCGUCGAAGACAUUUAAACCGAAGAAGAACAUUCCCGAGGGGACGCAUCAAUAUGAGCUGAUGAAACACGCGGCCGCCACCCUGGGCUCCGGUAAUCUUCGUCUGGCCGUGAUGCUGCCGGAAGGGGAGGACUUGAACGAAUGGGUGGCUGUGAACUCGGUGGAUUUUUUUAACCAAAUCAACAUGCUCUACGGCACGAUAACAGAGUUCUGUACCGAGGACAGCUGCCCCAUCAUGUCGGCGGGUCCCAAGUACGAGUACCAUUGGGCGGACGGGCACACGGUAAAAAAACCUAUCAAGUGUUCGGCCCCCAAAUACAUCGAUUACCUGAUGACGUGGGUGCAGGACCAGUUGGACGACGAGACUCUGUUUCCGUCAAAGAUAGGAGUGCCAUUCCCCAAGAACUUCCAGUCGAUCGCGAAAACAAUCCUGAAGCGACUGUUCAGGGUGUACGCGCACAUCUACCAUCAACAUUUCAGUGAAGUGGUGCAGUUGGGCGAGGAGGCCCACCUGAACACAUCGUUCAAGCAUUUCAUUUUCUUCGUGCAGGAGUUCAGCCUGAUUGAGCGAAGGGAGUUGGCGCCAUUGCAGGAACUUAUCGACAAGCUGACAGCAAAGGAGCAGCGGUGAAUCUCGUUUUCCCGAGGUGCCGAAUAAUUUGCGGGCGUCCGUUGCGGUUUUUCGCUUUUUAAUUUUCAGUUUCCCUUCAGUUCCGAACAAGGACUAAAAAUCGGUCUCGCGAAAACCAAAGAUUCUUUUCUCCGCACGCAGACCAUAGAACGCACGCAGACCGUAGAACGUACGGAGACCACAGAACCGUAACGGGAUUGGUUUUUCUGUUUUAACGCGCCUUUCGUCAGCGGCCAUGGAAGAUCUCUGACGUCAGUGAUUCGUUUUUUAAAGCGAAAUCGUUCAUUAAAUGAAAUUGUCGAUUAAAGAUAACAUAGGUUAGUGUAUUUUCGUACGUCCCACCGGCCAAGAGAGAAUAUUUUUUUUACUCGCUGGAUGUGUAGGUAAACUUAGUUUUUCUCGUAAUUAACUUUUAGGCGUUUAGUUUUUAAUUGUUGGGAGUGCGAUAUCAAUUCGUGUCUCAAGCGGCACGUGUAAAUAUUUUCUUGAAAGUUUUCUAGGCAGCCGGAUCCGGAGGUUCGUUCAUUGAUUUUAUUUACUUUUUUAAACAAUAAAUUUAUUGGAUUUGAUUGGUAACUUAAUUGGCCCCUACACUGUGGGUGUGCUUUCGCACGUAGAAUGAGAAGGGAAUGCCAGACGUCAUUGAGCGGCUCCCAAACUCGCCGCAAUGGUUCGACUUACGUCUAUAAAUCACCUCCCAGUCUGAAGCAAUCCUGGAUUUACAAAACUGACCAUAAUUGUCGUUCUAUUGUCGUAUUAUUUAUUACUUACCAAUGUUUUACCUAUGGUUUGUUUUUGUUCAUUAUUUUUGAUUACCUCUCCUAAAAAAAUCAGGGUAAUUAAUCUUUGUGCGAUUGAUUAGCCCCAAUCAAAGCAAUUAAUUGUUUGUAUUUUCCAGCAUAUCGUAAGUGGCGAAAGUCACUGAAUAAUUUAGAACGCUUGCUUGUGCUUCUCUCCCGUAUUGUAUUUUUUGUUUAUGUUUAUUUUCGUAUUAAUCAGUUUUGUUUUGUUAAUACUAUUUAUAUAUUUGUAUUUAAAUAGUCUAAUAUAUUAAUAUAAUGUUU